CCAAAAUAACCCUAUGUCCAAAACUUCCAAACUCCAAGACCCCAGCCACGCCCAACCCCCUCUCUCACUCGACCUCGAAAACGGACAUAAAGAAGACUCCAAAGACGAACAACAUGAUCCCCAGACUGCGGAAGAGAGACAAGCUAUUGAAGCAGUCUUGAUCGAAAUAGCAAUGGACAAAGAUUUAGCUACUUUUGAAGACGUGAACAAACUGGAGGAGUACAGAGAGAAGCAGAUCAAAAUUGAGAAAAAAUAUAAAGAGAGUUAUAUUUAUCCAAGAGUUUAUAAGAUACUCUCAGCUAUUGCUAGAAAUCAGUACUUGUUGGUGCUGACGAUGUUUAUUACAAUAUUUAUUUGGAUAGCAGUAUGGACAGCCCGAGUUCAGAAAAUUGAAUACGGGGGAGUGGCCAAAAUACUCCUGUCUAUGUUCUUUGGUAUUUUAGUUGAUGGUAUGGUGGUUGUGAUCAGAGUCAUGGAUAAAAGCUGCCAAAAUCAUAAAGUGGUAAUGUGGCUUCCCCACUUGUACCACUGGGGUGUCAUGUUCAUCUGAGGAAUUUCUGGAAUCGUUGCUGUUCUCGUGCUUAGGACAAGCGAACACGACAGCUUUUUGUUGGGAGACCUGAUCCUUCUCGCUAUCUGGAUAGGAUUCUUUGUAGCCUGUAGCGUAUCGUUAUGGGAAAAGCCAAGUGAGGACAGCCUUUGAAUUGUUGGCUAUUGUAUCUGCAUGAAUCCAUUUGGUUUUGUGAUCAUUUUUAUGUCCCUAAUUCCAGUUGGAACAGUUUACUCUUGCUAUUGCAUCCGUCAACAAUUCAGAGCUCUCAUGCUAGGCAGAAGAAAUCUUUGCUCUUACUGCGGGGAAGAUGGAAGACUAUGAAAGCACUCAUAUAUAAACCGUAAAAGAAAAGAAGAUGAACAAAAUGAUCAGCAAGAAAAUAAGGGAAAAGAAGAGAAAAAACAAGAAACUGAAAACCAAAAGCUAGCAUUGGCAGCUGCUGAAAGCUUAAACAACUCCAUUCAAAAGAAAAAGCAAGGCAACCAUCCAAACGAAUCCCUAAAUCUCUCAAGAGGCUUCUCAGACCAAAGCCCCUCACAACAUCCACCCAUCUCUCUCCACCACCAACCCCAAUCAGCCAACGACACCAACCAAAUAUUCCUCAACCCAGAAAAUGCCUACGAUGACCCCCAAGAAGAACAACCCAGCCAACCCAGUCAACCCAACCAACCCAGCCACCCCAAAGAAGGCCCUUAAUCUAUCUUCUAAAAUCCACCUAUUAUUCUUCCACAAUUCUUGUCGUUACGCUAACUUUAUAGUAGCUUUUUAGGCCUGAUUGGCCAGUUGUUAAGGGAUUUGGGGACUUUUGGGUGGGAGUGAUGAACUGGAUGGCUAGUG